CACGCACACAAGUCGUAGAGCCUGAUUGCUUUCAACUUUGAUCAACCAUCGCUUAAAUUGGUGUCAACUGAAAUUUCAAUUUCUCUUGCAUAUCAUUACCUGUUACAAUGACAUUGUUGGAAAUGCUUUUCGUCAGCAUCGUGAUUUCGGUAGCCGUUAUCAAGGCCGACUGUUCACUGACGGGUAAAGUGAAAGAAUUCAAUUUUGAGGUUGAAAUACCAAACACCGAAUUAAAAGCUCAAGUUCAGCAAAUCCUUGACGCAACUAAUGAAAUAAACAAAAAGUUGGACGAUGUCAAAUCGUGUACAUGCACUCGAUUCCAAGGGGCAGUAUUUCAUGUUGCCAAUGGCAGAUACACGUACAAUUUUGAAGACGCGAAGAAGGCAUGUAAAGACCAUGGCGCCCAGAUCGCUACCUUGGCUCAACUCCAAGCUGCGUGGUCAGCUGGACUGGACGUCUGUAAGGCUGGAUGGCUCGCAGAUGGCAGCGUUAGAUAUCCGAUUCGGAUGCCCCGCACAGGAUGCGGUCAUACCACUCCUGCUGGUGUCCGCAGUUGGGGUUACAAACCAAAAACUAAAAAGUCUGCUGAUGCCUAUUGUUAUAAAGCUUAACAAUAGGCUUAAAUAUUAUUUAGGUCUAACACAUUCGUAUCCAUAUCAUUAAUAUAAGUAGACCUAUGUUAUUUAGGUACGUCUAUAUGCAUAUAACAUUAAUUUGUUGUUAGUGUAUAGUCCUAGUAUUAUGCGCUAUACAAGUCUACAAUCAUUACUAUUACCAUUAAAUUUGAGACAUUAA